AUGUCUGUCGCCAAAGAGGUCGAAGCCGCCAACUCCAGAUAUGCCGCCUCCUUCACCAAAGGAGACCUACCACUCCCCCCGGCACGGAAAGUCGCUAUAAUAGCUUGUAUGGAUGCGCGUCUAGAUACGGCUCGUGCUCUUGGCCUUGAGGAGGGUGACGCCCAUGUUAUUCGAAAUGCCGGAGGGCGUGCCACUGAUGCGCUCAGAAGCAUUGUCAUCUCUCAGCAGCUCCUUGGGACUCGAGAGAUCAUUAUCGUACACCAUACGGACUGUGGCAUGCUUACCUUCACGGACGAUGCUAUUCGUACGAAGGUGCGGACAGAUCUACAUCAAAAUGUCGACCACAUCGCAUUCUUGCCCUUUGGGGAUGUGAAACAGAGUGUCCUGGAUGAUGUCAAGUUUCUGGCAGAUAGCCCUCUCGUCUUAGACGUUCCGAUCACCGGGUAUAUCUAUGAGGUUGAAACGGGCAAAAUCGUGAAAGUGGAGUAG